UGUCAAACGCCACCAUUUUUGCCAGCUCGUUUUUCUGAAAGUCAUCGCAGUGGAAUAACAGCAAGAUUUUCUUUGUGCGUAAAAUAAUCCAAAAAUUUCGUGUAAUUCUUGAUAGUUUUCCAGAAAUUUAGUGAACACAGAUAAUCGCUGGAGAACAAGGAUGAAACUGAACAUCACCUCCGCCGCCGGCAUCAUUUGCCUGCUGGACGAACCGAUUCAGGAACUGAAGGUUUUCGCCCUGCAGAAGUUGGACACCAUCGUGGACGAAUUCUGGCCGGAGAUUUCCGAAGCCGUCGAGAAGAUUGAAAUCCUGCACGAGGACAAGGGUUUCACGCAGCACGAUUUGGCCGCCCUGGUGGCCUCCAAGGUGUACUACCAUCUGGGAUCGUUCGAGGACUCGCUGACCUAUGCGCUGGGGGCGGGCGAUCUGUUCGAUGUGAACGCUCGCAAUGAGUACGUGGACACGAUCAUCGCCAAAUGUAUCGACCAUUACACGCACUUGAGGGUCCAGUUGGCAGAGAAUCCGUCCAAGGCCAAGCCCAUUGAUGCGAGGUUGGAAGCGAUCGUUAACCGGAUGAUUCAGCGCUGUCUGGACGAUGGACAGUAUCGGCAGGCGCUGGGGAUUGCACUGGAGACCAGGAGGAUGGAUGUGGUCGAGUCGUCGAUCAUGAAGGCGGACGAUAUCGCUGGGAUGUUGGCGUAUGCGUUUCAGGUCACGAUGAGCCUCAUUCAACACCGUGCCUUCCGCAACACGGUGCUCCGCUGCCUGGUCGGACUGUACCGCAAUCUGGGCGUUCCCGAUUAUGUCAACAUGUGUCAGUGCCUGAUCUUCCUGGAGGACCCGCUGGCCGUGGCAGAACUGCUGGACAACCUGACCAAGGGAGGUGAACAUUCGGUCCUGAUGGCGUACCAAAUAGCGUUCGAUUUGUACGAGUCGGCCACGCAACAGUUCUUGGGACAGGUUUUGCAGGCUUUGAAAGCCACCGCACCGAUUCCAUCGGCGCUGAUUUCAAACUUAAAACCGCAAGGCACGAAUGCGCCCGCUGCAGCCCCGGAAAUUAAGCAAGAACCGAAGGAGACCGACGGCGAUGGAGAUACGAAGGUCGAGCGGACCGUGGAAAGUCUGAACGAGAGCGAAAAGACUCACCAAUCGAAUAUUGAAAAGUUGGCGGGCAUUCUGUCCGGAGAGGUGACAAUCGAUUUGCAGUUGCAAUUUUUGAUCAGAAGCAACCACGCUGAUUUGCAAAUUUUGCGUGCAACAAAGGAGGCGGUGCGGGUUUCGAUUUGCCACACGGCUACUGUGAUUGCCAAUGCGUUUAUGCACAGCGGCACCACCAGCGAUCAGUUCCUGCGGGAUAAUCUGGAGUGGCUGGCGAGGGCUACCAAUUGGGCCAAGUUGACGGCUACGGCUUCGCUGGGUGUGAUCCAUCGUGGCCAUGAAACGGAAUCGUUGGCGCUCAUGCAGAGCUACUUGCCGAAGGAGAGUGGACCAAGCUCGGGAUACUCCGAGGGCGGUGGCCUUUAUGCUCUUGGUUUGAUCCACGCCAAUCACGGGGCGAACAUUAUCGAUUAUCUUCUGCAGCAGCUGAAGGACGCCCAGAACGAGAAUGUCCGCCACGGAGGAUGUCUCGGGUUGGGAUUGGCAGCCAUGGGCACCCAUCGUCAGGAUGUCUACGAACAGCUGAAGUUCAAUCUGUAUCAAGACGACGCGGUAACGGGAGAAGCAGCUGGUAUUGCCAUGGGAAUGGUAAUGCUCGGUUCCAAGCACGCCCCUGCUAUCGAGGACAUGGUGGCUUACGCUCAGGAAACGCAGCAUGAGAAGAUUCUGCGCGGUUUAGCUGUCGGUAUUUCCUUGACCAUGUACGCUCGUUUGGAAGAAGCUGAUUCUUUGGUGACCAGCUUGUCCAAUGAUAAGGAUCCGGUCCUCCGCCGUAGCGGUAUGUACACCGUUGCCAUGGCCUAUUGCGGAACUGGCAACAAUCAAGCUAUUCGGAAGCUGUUGCACGUUGCUGUCAGCGAUGUGAACGACGAUGUGCGUCGUGCCGCCGUCACAGCCAUCGGAUUCAUCCUCUUCCGCACUCCGGAGCAGUGUCCAUCGGUUGUUUCGUUGUUGGCCGAGUCUUACAACCCUCAUGUCCGAUACGGUGCUGCCAUGGCCCUUGGUAUCGCCUGUGCUGGAACUGGACUGCGUGAAGCCAUCGCCCUCCUGGAACCGAUGGCCAAGUUCGACCCGGUCAACUUUGUCCGCCAGGGAGCCCUCAUCGCUUCCGCCAUGAUCCUCAUCCAGCAAACCGAUCAAACCUGUCCCAAGGUCACCUUCUUCCGCCAGUUGUACACCCAGGUCAUCACCAACAAGCACGAAGACGUCAUGGCCAAGUACGGAGCAAUCUUGGCUCAGGGCAUCAUCGACGCCGGUGGCCGCAACGUGACCGUUAGCCUCCAGUCCCGCACUGGGCACACCAACCUGCAAGCCGUCGUCGGAAUGUUGGUCUUCACCCAGUACUGGUACUGGUUCCCGUUGGCCCAUUGUCUGUCCCUGGCCUUCACGCCAACCUGUCUGAUUGCGCUCAACUCUGACCUGAAGAUGCCCAAGAUCGAUCUAAAAUCUGCCGCUCGCCCCUCCCUCUAUGCCUACCCAGCACCUCUCGAGGAAAAGAAACGCGAAGAACGGGACAAGGUUGCUACCGCUGUUCUAUCCCUCGCAGCCCGUGCCAAGCGCCGUACCGGAGACAAGAAAAAGGACACCAACAAGGAAUCCGCCGCCGAUACCAAAAUGGAAGUCGACGAGGAAGCCCCGGCCAAGGAUGACUUGUCCGCUACCGUCAAGGCCAAGGAAGAAGCCAAGACCACUCCGGUAAAGGAGGACAAAAAGGAAAAGAAAGACAAGGAAAAGGAGAAAGACAAGCCCAAAGAAGGUUCCACCUCGUCUCCGGCGGCGCCUUCCGCCGAAGAAUCCACUUCGACCACCGCCAAAACUCCCAAGGAACCGGAGCCCAGCUUCGAGAUCCUGCACAACCCGGCCCGAGUUAUGCGCCAACAGCUGAAGGUGGUCAGCAUUGCCGAGGGAACGGCCUACACACCGCUGAAGGACGUCACCAUCGGUGGGAUCAUCAUGAUGCAGCAUAACGCGGCUGGCGAGCAGGUCCUGGUCGAACGGGUUACCGCCUGUGGACCCAAGAAUGACGACUUGAAGGAACCGGAAGCACCCGAACCGUUCGAGUAUAUUGAAGAUUGAACCAAGUGAGCGACUUAUUUUCGCAUUAAAAUAUAUUCAUCUAUAUUGCGCUGCGUUUGAUGUUCUAGCUGUACUAGUUUCUUUUAAUCAAUAAAGCCUCAAUGCCCAUAGAA